CGGAGGGUAAAAGCUCGAGUUUGGCCAACGCCCAACCAUUCUCACGGGGGCACCAACACAACUUGCACGGUGCAAAGUUUGAGGUCUUCUGUUCAACAGAGAACAACUCCAAACCACCAUGGAUUUCAAGGGGUAUUUCUACAUCAUGAGCCGGCAGACCGGCAUGGUCCUUGAUGUGAGAGGGAGCAACCAUUCUGACAACGCACCAAUCAUCAUCUGGCAACUGAAGUCAGAGGAAAAGGAAGAGCGCAAACGUUUGAACCAACUCUGGAAGUACAACUCGGAGACUGGUGAACUGGAGAGUCGCAUGAACGGACAUCGUCUCGACGUGGCUGGAGGAUAUGCGCACAGCGGUGCAGAAAUUGUCAACAACCCUGCGAAUUACUCCCCAAGCCAGAAGUGGUACUUCAAGCCGGACGGUACCAUUGAGAGCGGGCUGGGGGACAUGUGGGUUCUGGACGUGAAGGGAGGCCACACCGAACCCAGGACCAGUGUGAUUCUGCACCAGCGUCAGGAAGGAGGGCCCAGCAUCAGCCAACAGUGGGAUGUGGUGCCUUAUGUGCCGAUGUUCGGCGAGUUCUUCUACAUCAGAAGCAACUUGAACAACUGCUACCUGCAGAUCAUGUGUGGCAGUGAAGAUAAGACCAUUCCCUCUCUCUACAUUGUAGAUAAGGCAGAUGGGAGCCCUGACCAGCUCUGGAAGUACGACAAAGAGACCCGCGCUAUCCACACUGGGAAUGCAAACGACUACGCCUUAGACGUGCCUUCGGAGGAGGGAAACCCAUUUCCCAGCAUCGUCACCAAGCCCCCAAAACGUAGUGCCAGGCAGGCGUGGACCUUUGAGAAGGACGGGUCCAUCGUGAGCGGUCUGAGCGGCCUGGGCAAAAAGAUGGUUCUGAACAUCAGAGGAUCCGGCGGAGCGUUGAGUCCCGUCAUCCUCUACGACUGGAACAGCGGGGAGAACCAGAAGUGGUACAUCUCCGCCAAAUAA